UUCAGUACAACGAAACAAAAUUCUAAUUUUUAGCUCCCUCCACUCCUCGUAUAAAACCAAAGAUUAUGUCGAUUAAAACAAGUUUAUUCAGGCUAUUCUUGGUGGCCAGUUUGACACCGCUUUUGCAGCUGAGAAUGGCUGCUCAAAUUACGAACAUCAAAUGCAUAGUGCUCGAUAAAAGAUGCGUGAACUUCACCGAGUGCCGUUUGCGUGUGGUGAAACGUGAUGUGAAUGAGAUCUCAGUGUACGCGAAAAUACUCCAGCUGCCGGUGGUGAAUGCGUCGGUUCAACUUAAAUUUAUGAAAAAGUCCAACGGCUAUCGGCCUUAUAUUGGUGAGGUGAAUUACGAUGGCUGCAAAUUUUUGGAAACACAAAAAAAUCCCUUGGUUAAAUAUUUGUACAGUUUCAUACGUCCCUACACGAAUGUCAACCACACAUGCCCGAUAAAUCAUGAUAUUGCUUUGAGUAAUUUUCGCAUCGAUGAAAAACUUUUGAAUCGUGCUGGCAUUCUACCAACUGGAGAAUAUGCAUUUUUCAUCUCGUGGACUUUGAAUAGCAUGAAGUGCGGACGCACGGAAAUGUUUUUCAAACAUAAUGAAUAA